AGUGUGUGUGUAUAUUAACCCAUUUGACGGUGUCGUAUCUAACACACGAAACCCACCAUAAAAAAAAAUUAACCCCAAACCAGACCUACUUGUCCUACUCCUCCUCCUACUUCUACAACACCCAACUACUACUACUACUACUACUAUACCGAAAUGUCUAUUAUAAAUACCAGUUCCCAGUCAAUAGUGGUCGACAGUAGUGAUAUCGACAACAACAAUAAGAAAUCAUCAUCAGCAGCAGCACCGACACCAACACCAGCACCGACAUCAACGACUAAUAUGACAGAAGUGCUUCUCCAUAUGCCAACAAUGCGCAAAAUGAGUGACAUAUCCAUCGAUGACCGCUGUUGGGACACCAGUCUAUUCAAACCGUUGUCCGAAAAACUACUAUUUACUGGCAAAUCCCUGCAAUUAAGUAAAUAUACGUUUGAAGACGAUUCGGGUAAUCGGAAAUCGGCCGAAAUUAUACGAAAAAAGUAUACAAUCGGUAACAAUCAACAGUCGACUGAAGAUACAGUCAGUGUCCUGAGUAUAGCCAUACUUAGGCAACACAUCCGAUGCGAUUGUUUGCUACUAAUCAAACAAUAUCGGCCGACACUCAAGGCCUAUGCCCUGGAGUUUCCGGCAAAGAUUGUCGAACAUACGGCUAUUGACGAAAAAAGCGACGAAGAAAGCGAUGAAGAGACUGGCGAAGUGGCCAUCGAAGACAUUGAGAACAAUACCGGCUAUAAGUCGACAGAUAUUCAUCAUAUUAGUCCCGAAACGGCAUUAGAUCCCGAGCUGUGCGACGGAAAGGUCCGAUUGGUAUCGUUGGUGGUCGACGGCGACGAUCCGAUUAAAAACGGUUUUAUCAAUGGCCAUCAUAAUGAGAAACAUACCGAAAUCGAGGUACACCAGGUACCGAUUAACGGCCUACUCGAUCGUUUAAAUGAAUAUAGCAAACGUGGUAUUGUUGUGGACAGUCGUGUCUAUGCGUUUGCCAUUGGACUGAAAAAGGGCGAAAAGUUGGCUCAAAUACAGGCAAAAAUGCAAGACUUUGAGAGUGUAUCGUAAAACUAUGACUUCCCAACACACCCACCCCUCCCUCCCUGUCUCUCUCUCCACACCAAACAAUAUAUAUAUAUAUAUAUUAUUUUUUGGCGCUUUUUUAUAAUUUCAAUUUUUUUAUAAUAAUAAUUAUUAUUAUAUUCAAUAUAUUAUAUUAAUAUUAUUUCUUAUCAUUUGUUUCACUCAAUUACAAAUCAGAUGAUUGUUUGCUAUUAAAAUGUAUUAUUAUUAUUAUUAUUAUACAUGUAUACUACUAUUGAUAUUAUUAAUUUGUAAAUUAAUAAUGCAUUUUGAAUAAUAAAUAAAUAAAUAAAAAUUAUUA